AAAAUCAGACCAGUUUUUCAAGAUUGCAGGGGGGAACUGGCAUGCUCUUGUGAAUUGUGAAAUGCGCGACGGGUAACCCGAGACUCGGAGGGCGUUUUAUGUUCCAUUGUGUUUGGUCUCUAGACGCGGAAUUGAAUUGCAAGGCAAAGAGAACGGAGUCUGGAUUUGAUUCGGGGAUUGGAGACGGUAAACGCUGCGGUGGCCCGCUUUGAAGAGACGGGGGUGUCCAGAUUUCUUCUCCGUCGUUAUUUCUAACACCGGUGUUGACAUCGAAACACCUGCAAAUGAACCGUGUUAGCAGAAAACCGUGCUAAAUAUUGAUACCGUUCUGAGGUCAUCUCGCUAAUGUGAGACAAGCGAGCGCGGACUGUUCAGGAUAUACCGUGCGCAAAUGAGCCUUUAACGAAAUAUUUGUAUUUGCAUUUCGAAAAAUGCUCAUGGCAUCGGCGGUUGUGGUUUGGGAAUGGCUGAACGAGCACGGCCGCUGGCGACCCUACAGCCCGGCCGUGUCGCAUCACAUCGAAGCGGUGAUCCGAGCCAACCCCCGGGGAGGGAGCGUGGUCCUCGGGCAGGCGGACGGGAAGCUCGCCCCUUACCUCAUCGACCUGCAGUCCAUGCAACAGUUCAGACAAGACACGGGCACGUUGCGUCCUGUCCGGCGUAGUUUUUACGACCCCAUGUCGGCCCCGGGGCAGGGCGUGGUCUGGGAGUGGGAGAACGAUUCGGGCUCGUGGACGCCCUACGACAUGGAGAUCGGGAUCCCCAUCCAGGCGGCCCGGGACAGGCAGCAGCCCUGGCUGGACCUGACCCCCAUCGGCUUCUGCUACAUCAUCGACUUCACCUCCAUGAGCCAGGUGAACCAACAGACCCAGCGGCGGCGUCGCAUUCAACGCAGGCUGGACCGGACUUAUCCCUUCGUGAGCGGGACCCUGCCCAAAUCCCAGUCCUGGCCCUCCGCCGGGACCGGCCCAGCGGGAGGAGCGAGCGGCAGCGCCCCGCAGCCUCCCUGCAGCUGCCAGCAGUGCCUCCUGGUGAUGAGCGUCAAGGCAGCGGCCGCCGCUACUCUCAGCCCGCAGGGUCGCAAGGGCAAAGGGAGCCCCGGUCUGGGAGGCAGGAACAGGAGUCCGAGGUCCACCUCGCUCCCCGCCACUGUGGGAGGGGCUAGCGGCUCUGCCAGCGCCCCGGUCCUGUCUUCCGCCGGUCCGCUCAGCCCCAGGGCGGCGAAGGUUCCCGCGGGCUCAGCCAGCGCCGGCACCCUGUCCCGUGCCGGGCUCGCCACGUUGACCCGCCCGGCGCUCCAGAGGAUCGCGAUGGCGCAGUCCCGCGCCCUCAUCGCUUCAGGGGUGCCCACGGUGCCAGUGAAGAACUUAAACGGGUCCAGUCCGGUCCACCCAGCGCUGGCAGGUAUCACAGGGAUUCUGAUGAGCGCGGCCGGCCUGCCCGUGUGUCUGACCCGCCCCCCCAAACUGGUCCUGCACCCCCCGCCUGUGGGCAAGAGCGAUAUGAAACCCGUCCCGGGCAUAGGCACCUCCUGCCGCAAGACCACCAAGAAACAGGCGUGCCAGGGUAAAACUCCAGAGGAGGUGGUUAAGAAAUAUCUUGAGAAAGUGAGGAAUCCCCCGGAGGAGGACUGCACGAUCUGCAUGGAGAAGCUAGCCUCUCCGUCCGGCUACAAGAAUGCUCCCGGUCAGCCGCUGGUCAAGCCCGACCUGGUGGGCAAGCUGACCAAAUGCGGCCACGUCUACCACCUGCACUGCUUGGUGGCCAUGUACAACAACGGCAACAAGGACGGCAGUCUGCAGUGUCCAACCUGUAAGACUAUCUACGGGGUGAAGACAGGCACCCAGCCCCCCGGCAAAAUGGAGUACCACGUCAUCCCCCAUUCCCUCCCGGGAUAUCCCGACUGCAGAACCAUCCGAGUCAUUUACAGCAUUCCCCCAGGCAUACAGGGACCCGAACACGCAAAUCCGGGAAAGCCCUUCACCGCACGGGGAUUCCCUCGACACUGUUACCUCCCUGACAACGAGAAGGGGCGCACGGUAUUGAAGAUGCUGCUGGUUGCCUGGGAUCGGCGGCUGAUCUUCACUGUGGGGGUUUCCAGCACCACCGGUGAGUCUGACACGGUCAUCUGGAACGAAGUCCACCACAAGACAGAAUUCGGCUCUAACCUCACUGGCCACGGCUUCCCAGACCCCAACUACCUGGACAAUGUGUUGGCUGAGCUGAGCGCCCAGGGCAUCACGGAGGAGAGCAUCCAGGAAUGAGGGAGGGGGAGCUGGGCUGGGAGAGGCGGGAUGGGAAUGAGACUCCCGCUGCGGAGCAGUUCAGUCCGUUCCUGGUUUUAUUAAGUUUUCCACACACACCUGAGCUUGUUGUCUAGACACACUGGGGCUGAUCGAGCUGGUAGUAAAACCAGGACUGGGUGACGCUGCUGGACAAUAAGAGUCUGAUUCCCAGCCCUGCAUUGUAAUUCCAGUACAGACCAACUGCAGUUACAAUGUAAUUCCAGUCCAGUCUAAUCGUGUUCCCCCAACUCCCCUCCAGUUUGUAGCAGAUGGUUAUGGCCCUUUCUGGGUCGUGCACCCCACGGUUCUCUCAAAGUGGUACGGUCGGUACGGUGUGCUGCAACAGAGCACUUGUCUCUUUAACCUGAAGUUCGGUAUGGCCUCUGAUAUCCGGAGCUUUGAAUUAACAUUGACACCUAGUGGUGGGAGGGUUACAUUGCAGUGCCAAUGCAAUGUUCUGCUAAACUGAUUUUAAUCACUGUAUAAAGCUGGAAUCUAGUGCGCUGGCAUUGCCU